ACAGUGAGAGGCCCGCGUACCGCAAAAAAAAAAAAAAAAAAAAAUUUCCCUACCCAUGUCCUGAAUUCUCUCUGAAAUCCUCAGAUACCUCUUGCCUUGAAACUUCACCCUUUCCUCUUACGCUGUGUGCCCCACUGCUGCCCUCCAGCUGCUGUCACCCUAGAUGUGUGCCUCCCGUCCAUGCAGGGGACAGGAGCGCCAGACCUGUAUCUCCUGCAGCCCACUGCACAUCCACCCUGGACGACCCACAGGACUUUGCACUCGGCCUUGGUCUCCAAAAGCCAACUCCUCGGCUUGUCUAUCCCACCCCUGCUCCUCCCGCCAGCCUGCUCUUCCUCCUGUGUUCCCUGUUCUGUUGGUAGCAUUAACAACUUCCACGUGGCUCAGGCCCCAGACCUAGCUUGAGCAAGUAAGUGAGCGCUGCUGUGGCCAGGGUUACCGCCCUAGCCUCCUUGAUAAUGUUUAUGGAAGUGUAGACUUGUACAUUUUAAAGCGCUGGUCUGCCCUUUUCUUUACCUGCAACGUCUUCUAAAUUCCUGCGUACCCUACAGGGCUUAGUUCCUUCUUUCUUCUCUUUCCAACAUGUACACACUGUGGUUUAAAACGUCUUGGUCAUGUCUCUUUACCUCCAUGAUGUGACAUCAGAGGACUCCCGCCUCCCUCACAAAGUUUUCUUCUGUUGGUCCCCCAGCCUCACCAAGCUCCCUAUGAUCCCUCCAGCGGCCCACUCCUCACUUCCCCCUUUUCCUUGGCAGACAGAGUGAGUGCCUUCUGCCUGGGGAUUCCUUACCUGCCUCAUGGCCUCCAGGUCUCAGUUCUGCGGCUGCUUGGCUGGACAGCCUUUCCCAGCCUGUGCCGUUAUGAGGACUGUCCAUAGAGCAGUUCUUGUCCAACCAACUCCUGCUCCCUUGCAUUUGAGCAGAGUCUGGCAGGGUUUCACCAGUGGUGUGCACCCGGGAGGACAGCAUUAUCAAAGUAUGUGGUUAGCGGCGCUGACUUCAGAGCCAAAUGACCUGGGUUCUAAUCCCAGCUCCGCCACUAGCUGUUGGCAAGAUACCCUUUAGAUGCCUCAGUUUUCUCAUCUGUGAAACUGGCAUAAUUAUGGAUUUGUGUGAUAUAAAUGAAUUAAUCUCCUGAAGCCCUUUAGAACCAUGCCUGGCUUAUACUGAGAGCUUAAAUAUCAGCUAUUGUUAUUAGUUUUAGUUUCAGUAAUGUGGCUUGGGCUCGUUUAAAAGUCACAUCCUACUAUACUUUUAUUUUUGCUGGAGUUUUAUUAGAGACUGUUGUGUAAUUCGAAACCCAAUAUUUAACUCUUCUUCAUCUCCAUUGAGGUUGAUAUCAGAACGUUGAUUUUAGCAGAAAUAAUUUAUGUGAGGCAAAAGGAAAUACUUUUUGAAAGAAAGGUAGGAGGACUCCUGGGGAUACAGCCUCUUAACAGAAUGAUGGAGACACGGUCCCACCAGCAGUUAGCUAGUUGAGUUGGGGAUUUAUCCAUGGUUCUUCCAUUUCAGAGAUUAUGUUGAUCUCACAGGAAUUUUUCUUGCAGCCCUUUGGGUAGGAGAGAGAUCAAUAUUAUUUAUCAGAGGAUUUCUCUGGGAAUGCAUAUCAUCAUAUAUGCUUGCAAACCAAUCCACAUAAAAAGAUGAUUUUGAAUGUAAUUACUUUUUUUUUGCAUGAGUGUUUUCAUAUCCUCUAUAAAUAUUGUGCUCUGAGGGAAGAAACUUUUCAUGAUUCCUACCACACAUUGUGACAUUAAUGUGCUCUUAUAACUGAUCCUUUUCUUCCCUUUUUCUUUCAACAUUGAAGCAGUAUUUCCCCUGAGGUUUAACUGUUUCAGCCUUUUCUACGUUUUGCCACCAGGUGGGGCACUGGCUCCUUUGUAAGGCAUGGGCCAGGGCUUGAGGCUGGUUUUCUCACUGAGGUGGCUGUCUUGCCCCGUCAUUCUGAAGUGACCCCUGGAGAAGCUAUUCAGCCCUGACCCUGGGAGUGCGUAGAAGAGGCCAGCAGGCCAACAUGUCACUGAAAGAUGAGCCAAGAGUAAAUACCUCUGCACUGCAGAAAAUUGCUGCUGACAUGAGUAAUUUGAUAGAAAAUCUGGACACGCGGGAGCUCCACUUUGAGGGAGAGGAGGUGGACUACGAAGUGUCUCCCAGCGAUCCCAGGAUACGGGAAGUGUAUAUCCCUUUCUCUGCUAUUUAUAAGACUCAAGGAUUUAAGGAGCCUAAUACACAGACGUAUCUCUCCGGCUGUCCAAUAAAAGUUCAAGUUCUGGAAGUGGAGCGCUUAACAUCUACAAAAAGGGUACCAAGCAUCAAUCUUUACACUAUUGAAUUAACACAUGGGGAAUUUAAAUGGCAAGUUAAGAGGAAGUUCAAGCACUUCCAAGAAUUUCACAGAGAGCUGCUCAAGUACAAAGCCUUUAUCCGAAUCCCCAUUCCCACCAAAAGACACACAUUUAGAAGACAGAAUGUCAGAGAAGAGCCUCGAGAGAUGCCAAGUUUGCCCCGUUCAUCUGAAAACAUGAUCCGAGAAGAACAGUUGUUUGGUAGAAGGAAACAACUAGAGGAUUACUUGACAAAAUUACUAAAAAUGCCCAUGUAUAGAAACUAUCAUGCAACAACAGAAUUCCUUGAUAUAAGCCAGCUGUCCUUCAUCCAUGAUUUGGGACCAAAGGGCAUAGAAGGUAUGAUAAUGAAAAGAUCCGGUGGACACAGAAUACCAGGCUUGAACUGCUGUGGUCAGGGAAGGGCCUGCUACCGGUGGUCCAAAAGGUGGUUGAUAGUAAAAGAUUCCUUUUUACUAUAUAUGAAACCAGACAGUGGUGCUAUUGCCUUCGUACUGCUGGUAGAUAAAGAAUUCAGAGUUAAGGUGGGAAAGAAGGAGACGGAGACAAAAUAUGGACUCCGAAUUGAUAAUCUUUCAAGGACACUGAUUUUAAAAUGCAACAGCUAUAGACAUGCUCGGUGGUGGGGAGGGGCUAUAGAAGAAUUCAUCCAUAAACAUGGCCCCAACUUUCUCAAAGAUCAUCGAUUUGGGUCUUAUGCUGCUAUCCAAGAGAACACUUUAGCUAAAUGGUAUGUUAAUGCCAAAGGAUAUUUUGAAGAUGUGGCAAAUGCAAUGGAAGAGGCCAAAGAAGAGAUUUUUAUCACAGAUUGGUGGUUGAGUCCAGAAAUCUUCCUGAAACGUCCAGUGGUUGAAGGAAAUCGUUGGAGGUUGGACUGCAUUCUUAAGCGAAAAGCACAACAGGGGGUGCGUAUCUUCAUUAUGCUCUACAAAGAGGUGGAACUUGCUCUUGGAAUCAAUAGUGAAUACAGCAAGAGGACUUUGAUGCAUCUACACCCCAACAUAAAGGUGAUGAGGCACCCAGAUCAUGUGUCAUCCAGUGUAUAUCUGUGGGCUCAUCACGAGAAGCUCAUCAUCAUCGACCAGUCAGUUGCCUUUGUGGGUGGGAUUGACCUGGCCUAUGGAAGGUGGGAUGACAACGAACACAGACUCACGGACGUGGGCAGCGUGAAGCGCGUCAUCGGGGCACCUUCUCUGGUUUCCCUCACAGCUGAAACAACAGAGUCUAUGGAAUCCUUAUGCCUCAAAGAUAAAAACGAAUCUAACAAAAAUCUGCCUGUCCUGAAGACUGUUGAUGAUGCAGAUUCAAAACUGAAAGGAAUAGGAAAGCCCAGAAAGUUCUCCAGAUUCAGCCUCUACAGGCAGCUGCACAGACACCACCUACGCAGCACAGACAGCAUCAGCAGCAUUGACAGCGCCUCCAGUGAUUAUAAUCACUGUAGGAGUCGUCAGAAUUUAAUCCAUGGUUUAAAGCCCCACUUGAAAUUCUUUCGCUCUUCCAGUGAGUCUGAGCAGGGGCUCACUAGACCUAACGUUGACACGGGCUCCAUCCAAAGUUUGCAGACGGGUGUGGGAGAGCUACAUGGGGAAACCAGAUUCUGGCAUGGAAAGGACUACUGCAAUUUUGUCUUCAAAGAUUGGGUUCAACUUGAUAAACCUUUUGCAGAUUUCAUUGACAGGCACUCCACCCCCCGGAUGCCAUGGCAUGACAUCGCCUCUGUAGUCCACGGGAAGGCUGCUCGCGACGUGGCCCGUCACUUCAUCCAGCGCUGGAACUUCACGAAGAUUAUGAAACCAAAAUAUCGGUCCCUUUCUUAUCCUUUUCUGCUUCCAAAAUCUCAAACAACAGCCCAUGAGUUGAAACACCAAGUGCCUGGGUCUGUCCAUGCUAAUGUACAGUUGCUCCGUUCUGCUGCUGAUUGGUCUGCUGGUAUAAAGUACCAUGAAGAGUCCAUCCACGCUGCUUACGUCUAUGUGAUAGAGAACAGCAAGCACUAUAUCUAUAUAGAAAACCAGUUUUUCAUAAGCUGCUCUGAUGACAAAGUUGUGUUCAACAAGGUUGGCGAUGCCAUUGCUCAGAGGAUACUGAAAGCUCACAGGGAAAGCCAGAGAUACCGGGUUUAUGUUGUGAUACCACUUCUGCCAGGUUUUGAAGGAGACAUUUCAACCGGUGGAGGAAAUGCUCUACAGGCAAUAAUGCACUUCAACUACAGAACCAUGUGCAGAGGAGAAAAUUCCAUCCUUGGACAAUUAAAAGCAGAGAUCGGCAAUCAGUGGAUAAAUUACAUAUCCUUCUGUGGUCUUAGAACACACGCAGAGCUUGAAGGAAACCUAGUCACUGAGCUUGUCUAUGUCCACAGCAAGUUGCUAAUUGCUGAUGACAACACUGCUAUUAUUGGCUCUGCCAACAUAAACGACCGAAGCAUGCUGGGAAAACGGGACAGUGAAAUGGCUGUCAUUGUGCAGGACACGGAGACGGUCCCUUCAGUAAUGGAUGGAAAAGAGUACCAAGCUGGUCACUUCGCCCUAGGACUUCGGCUGCAGUGCUUUCGGGUUGUCCUCGGCUAUCUUUCUGGCCCUAGUGAAGACAUUCAGGAUCCAGUGAGUGACAAAUUCUUCAAGGAGGUGUGGGUUUCAACGGCAGCUCGAAAUGCUACAAUUUAUGAUAAGGUGUUCCGGUGCCUUCCCAAUGAUGAAGUACACAAUUUAAUUCAGCUGAGAGACUUUAUAAGCAAGCCCAUCUUAGCAAAGGAAGAUCCCAUUAGAGCUGAGGAAGAACUGAAAAAGAUCCGUGGGUUCUUGGUACAAUUUCCCUUUUAUUUCCUGUCUGAAGAAAACCUACUGCCUUCUGUUGGAACUAAAGAAGCCAUGGUGCCCACCGAGGUUUGGACUUAAGAGUCAUACUUGUUUGCAACUCAAAGACUUCCACCCUGAAGAGUACAUGUCACACAGUGACUUUCUGGAGACCUAACAGCCAUAGCGAGACCCAGUGCACUCUUGUAUCCAACACUUGGACCCUUUGGGUUGGCUGGGAAGGGCUGUAGUCAUACUGAUAUAAGGACAGUGAAAAUCAGCAGGGCUUUAUAAUUCCUCCUGCCUGUCCCUGUGAAAAAAGGACUGUAUUCGUAGGUAGCAUAUACCCAACAGCUUAAACACAUACUAAAAUUCCAUGAUGUAUACCAAACUGCAUUUUCUUUGCUAACAAGAAUUUACCUGUCACUGUGAUCUACUUUGCCAAAAGUUGUCUGAACCUCCUUAUUUUUCUCUGACCCUCACUUAUGCAAUUGAUGUCUGCUGGACCUGCCUUCCUCUCAUAGUCCAUACAGGCUCUGUUUGAGGUAUUGUCUAUUGUUAGAAGAUGUUGUGAUGCUGCUUCAAGGUUAUUUAAGGUUACAUGGGUUGCUCCUGCCCCUGCCCUUCUGGCCCCGGAGUAGUCGUGUGCACCCAACCAAGGAUGUGGUCCUUAUUCCUUUCCAGUGACUGAAAGGACAGGACAGACCUUAGUCUACACAGCAGCCCAUGUUAGGCACUUCUGACAACAUUGACAGCAUGUAUGUUGACACCACAGAUCAACAGGAAGGAAUUAAAUUCGGUUAUUAAGGCAGAGAUUUCACUUUGCAUCCAAAGGCAUCGAUAAGAUGUGUCCUUUUGAUAGGGCCCACCCUAUCAGAUUUGAAAACGUGUAGGAUAUUUGAUUACACAGCAACCGAUAAAACUCAAAGACACAGCAUGCAGCCUUCAGCAAUCUUCAACGUUUUGGUGGGAAUCUGAUCCAGAUAAGAAAAGAAGAUUUCUUAUAGGCCUGUAAAAUUUCCUGUCAUCCUUAGCUGCUGGAUUGAUUGAAAUUUGAGUUUCUACAUUUCAAAGUCAAACCAGUGAAUACAGCUUGUCUUUCAAGAGAAUCAGGGGCUUCAUAACUCAUGCCAAGUUAAUGAGUAUGAGCCUUAUUUGACAUUCAGCUCGCCAGCUAUGUUACCUUCUUUAAGAAAAACUGUUUGCAAAAUGCAUACAACUUCACUUGCGUUAUUAAAUAUACAUUAACAUUC